AUGGGCCAUCCCAAAAGUCGCGUCUUCGCCUCGGAGAUGCUAGCCUCGGUUGCUUCAGAGGCGUCGGAUAUUCUCUUCCCAAUUGCCAUUGCGAACAUGAGUGCUUCCGCAGGCGAGAUAGCCACUCGACUUCGCUAUAUCGGCGGGGACUUGUUGGAGCAGCAGCUUUAUCAGCUUCCUCCAGAUAUCCAAAGCCUUUGUCUACAGGCUCUCCAGGAUCUUUUGAAAAUCUGCAAGUGGCCCGUACUGUCAACUGCUGCGAGUCACUUUCAUUCGAGUGAAAGCCCUCAGGAGCUACGCGAUGUCCUCAUUCAGCUAUGCGAAAAAGAACAGUUCAACAAUGGAGUACAGAGAUCAAUCACCAAGUUCUGCAAAGAGCGGGCCGAAACUAUCAAGCCCUACCAGUUACGAUUUGUCCAGCUUUCCGACAAACUCUUGAAAAAUGCCCAAGAAAUCGGAUGCAGUGUCAACGAUUCCGGUCCGUAUCUUCAUCUCCGUCCUCUUGGGCAUGAUGUGUACCCCGACGACGUUUAUAAGCUGCUUCUUCAGGGGACCAAGAGCCUCGCAACGUGUGCGCACCAAUACCACAAUGCACCGGCUCUCAGUGGUUUCACGGGAGAUGAUUGGCAUCUAACUAUGCUCUGUCUCAAUUCCGGAAUUCGAUCAGAAAACAAGCGGGCGAUCUUCAACAUUAUAACCGCAACGCCGGAAAUGGUGUACUGGCAGGAAAUGGGCGUCACUGUCCCGAUAAAAGAUAUCGAACCAAACGAUGUGCAGAGACACCAGCAAGCCAAGCCCUUCGAUCCUUCUAAACCAUCUUUGAUGGAGUACGGUGAUAUUUGCAAACGUCUCGAGAAUCCUAGCUAUGCCAAAUUGUAUCUCGUCGAGCACAAGAUCAAGCUAUCUUAUACCGUUGCUCGAGCCUUCUGGCAAUUUUAUAAUUCGGAACUAAUGAAUGCGAGAUGGACAAGCGAGGACAUCGUCUUCAUCCCCCUCAAUAAGGAAUUCUCACCAACGGAAGGAAUCCCUCUGAGGGCCUUCGUUCCGUUUCCCUUCGGCCCUCGAUACAAGAAAUCGCCACAAGAAUUCUGCCAGGAGGACCAAUUCACCCAUCGAUAUCCCAGAAUACUGUAUCUGGGCAUUAUUCUCUUGGAAAUCGGGCUUGGCCAGGCACUCAGACUGGAGCACAACCCGAAACUCAGCCUCCUUGCACACAUAAACACAGCCCAUGCCAAAGCCAAGAUGAAGUUAAAGGAACUGGAUGAUGCUGAAUGGGAUGGCUUCCGGUGGAAGGAAUAUUUCGUCGAAGCCGUCAGAAACUGUUUUGACUCUACCAAUUUCAAAGAGAGCCCAAGGCUACGAAACCCCAGACAACGAGGCAGUUCAGAGUGUGCCGACAAUGACGCCAAAGAUUCGGCCUUUCUGGAAAGAAGAGACGCCCUGUACCAAAAGGUUGUUGCUCCCUUGUUGUGGUUGGCUACGACGGGGUUCGAAGACUCGGAAGAAGUGCCACUGGUACCCAUUCGAAAGAAGAUACGCCGCCAACCAACACUUGCGAAAAAUGGAGAUGAGGAACUGCAAACCUUUUGGAAUGAAAUACAUGCUCGCCCUUCGUUGAUGUCUGGUAGUUCAAUCAGCACCGAGGGAUUUCUUGAAGAUCUUCAAAUAAUAGCGGGGCAUAUAGCACGCUGUCGGCGGCUGGCCAAGGCGACAAAACCAAUCCGCGUCGCGAUUUUGGAUACUGGGUGUCACAGAGGCCUGCGCUUUUUUCAGAACCCCCAAAGAUUCAAUAGGCUCAAGGGCUGGAAGGACUUCACCUCUGCAGGCUCGGAAAGUGAGAUUGACACAUUCGGCCACGGAACAUUCAUGGCACGGCUACUUAUGCAUGUUGCGCCGAUAAUUGAUGUAUAUGUGGUUCGAGUUGCAGAGAAUACAGAAGACCUGGAAACCCAAGAAAAUAGCAUUGCCAAGGCUAUCGAGUUCGCGGGUUUGGACCCAGAUUGGAACGUCGACAUCAUUUCCAUGUCGUUUGGCUUCCCCAAUAAGCCCGGGGUGAAACACGCCGUCAUUUCGGAUGCUAUUGAUAAAAUCAAGAAGGAUCGUAAUGAUUCAGUACUAUUUCUCGCGAGCGCCGGAAACUCAUGGGAGAGGAGAGUUGAUUUCCCCGCCAGCCACCAAGAAGUCAUACCCAUUUACGCCGCCGAUGCCACAGGGGCUUUCCUACGCUCGAAUCCAGCCCGCGCAGGCAAAGGGUCUGAAAAGCUAGGUACUUACGGCACAGAUAUCCCGACCUCCAUCCUCGAGGAAAUCCAAGAAGCCUUUCCCAAAGCGGCUCUCAGCGCCGGCACUUCGCUCGCAACAGCAAUCGCAGCUGGAAUCGUCGCCAUGAUGCUCUCGUACAUCGAAGCAGUACCGGCACUCCUCCAACUCCGGGGGUUUCAGGAGGUCUGCGCCAAGCUCUACACGAAAAGAGGGAUGGAAAAUAUGCUACAUGUCAUGUCGUUGACGACUGGCUACCGGCAACAGUUUAUUAACCCAGUACACUUCUGGGGAGAGAAGAAGACAGACGUAGAUGUCUUUAUUUCCAUUUGCAGCGCGGUUGAGAAGAUGAAUAACGAGACAUGA